AAGAAAGUUUCAACGUCUAUCCUCAGCCUACGCAUUAUCCUACAAAUAUCCAACCCGCCCUCCAAUUACAGACGACAAAUGUUCAGCGCCUUCCGGCCAACACAAUCCUGCCUCGGCGGCCUCCUCUGGUACUCCCUCCCCCUCCCCCUCCACUCCCACGAGUGUAACGCUAACCCUACUAAGGAAAUCACCCUGGCGCCUCUCAUCCAGCCAAAAACACCGCCACCGACAGCGCCUCCGCCACGUAGAUGGAAUAGUAGAGGUGGUGGACAAGGCGCUGGCAAAGCAGGGCAUGACUUCGGCGGCAGUGGAGCGCUGGAAGACCGAGAUGCCGACGGAGGCGAAGAUGAAGCCCCGGGAUAAGUAUACCAUGUUUGAUCCUAAGCAGAAGAGUUAUAGGAAGGGAGUUCACAGUGAGUACCAGCAUUCCCAGGAAGGAAGAUGAGGGUGGGCUAAUGGUUGCGGGGGGAUCAGAGUUGCCAAAGUGGACGAGGAUGAGCCAGCGGAUCAAUCCUCCCGGGUUCUAGACGAGGCUUUCGGAGGGAGUUGCCUAGGGCGGAGAGGAUGGGGGAGGGGGAAGACAAGGGGAACACACGUGUAUUGGUAUUCAGCAUUAUGCGUGGCUUGAAUAGUUGGUAUUCCUUGCU